AUGGCGGCGCCGGCCAAGCCCGCGGAGCCGGCCCCCUGCCCCCAGGAGCUGCCGAGGGGGAAGCCGGCCCUCGGCUGGGGCUCCCUGCUCGGCCCCCGGAGUGAGAGGAUCCUUUUGGCCAGGAGCGCCGGCACCACCGAGGAGGGCGUGCUCACCGUCACCAUCACCGAGACCACGGUCAUCGAGGCCGACCUGGGCGUGUGCAGCUCGCGGGCGCUGCUCUACCUCACGCUCUGGUUCUUCCUCAGCUUCUGCACCCUCUUCCUCAACAAGUACAUCCUCUCGCUGCUGGAGGGCGAGCCCAGCAUGCUGGGCGCCGUGCAGAUGCUGUCCACCACGUGCAUCGGCUGCCUGAAGAUCUUCGUGCCCUGCUGCCUGCACCAGCACAAGGUCCGGCUCGCCUACCCGCCCAACUUCCUCAUGACCAUGCUGUUCGUGGGCCUCAUGAGGUUCGCCACGGUGGUGCUGGGCCUGGUCAGCCUCAAGAACGUGGCGGUGUCCUUCGCCGAGACGGUGAAGAGCUCCGCCCCCAUCUUCACCGUGAUCAUGUCCCGCAUGAUCCUGGGGGAGUACACAGGCCUGCUGGUCAACCUCUCCCUGGUCCCUGUCAUGGGAGGCCUGGCCCUGUGCACAGCCACCGAGAUGAGCUUCAACAUCCUGGGCUUCUCCGCCGCGCUGUCCACCAACAUCAUGGACUGUUUGCAGAACGUUUUCUCAAAGAAGCUGCUCAGCGGGGACAAGUACCGGUUCUCGGCGGCCGAGCUGCAGUUCUACACAAGCGCCGCCGCCGUGGCCAUGCUGGUUCCCGCCUGGGCCUUCUUCAUGGACCUGCCGGUGCUCGGGCGGAGCGGGAGGAGCUUCAGCUACACGCAGGACGUGCUGCUGCUGCUGCUGCUGGACGGCGUGCUGUUCCACCUGCAGAGCGUCACGGCCUACGCCCUCAUGGGCAGGAUCUCCCCCGUGACCUUCAGUGUCGCCAGCACCGUGAAGCACGCCCUGUCUGUCUGGCUCAGCAUUAUCGUUUUUGGCAACAAAAUCACCAGCCUGUCGGCCGUGGGCACCAUCCUGGUGAUGGUGGGCGUGCUGCUCUACAACAAGGCCCGGCAGCACCAGCGGGAGGCCAUGCAGAGCCUGGCCUCGGCCAGCUGGACGCCGGAGGAUGGCACCGAGCCGCUGGUGCCCAAGGACCCCCGGCCACACCACUGA